GCCGCUGCAACCACUCUGCCGGUGUCCGGCCGAUCUAGAAACUAGCAAGCGCCGGCGCCGCAACUCUCGCCUCUCCUCACCGGCUCUCGACUUCCGACUCCGAGCGUAUCCCCUCUCCCAUCCUCUCGAUUCGAUUCGAGCUUGCUUCUAGGGUUCUUGACCCCGCUCCACCGUCUCCUAUGGCAGACGAAGCCAACCGAGCGGCCUUCAUGGAGCUGCAGUCCCGGAUGAUCGAUACCACCGCGAAGAUCAAGCAGUUACAAACCCAAAUGCGUUCUAAGGAAGGAGAAAAGAAGCGUGCCUACCUUACUUUGGAGGAACUUCGCCAGUUGCCAGAUGAUACCAACACCUACAAGACUGUCGGAAAAGUGUUUAUUCUGGAGCCAAAAUCAGUUCUGUUUAAUGAGCAGGAGCAAAAGCUUCAUGACAGUGAGAGUGCUAUAGCUUCAAUGCAGACAUCCAAAGAAUACCUUGAGAAACAGCAGGGCGAAGUGGAGAACAACAUUAGGGAGCUGCUUCAACAGGAUCCAGGGCUUGCGCGUCAGAUCCUCUCAAUGACCGUUCAAUGAGAGUUGUUUUGCUUUGAAUUUAUUUUCAUAUAAUUUGUAAUGUUGCAGUUUGAUCAGUCAUGCUGUGGUCUUGCCUGAUCUGUGAGACGUGCGCGGUCUGUAAUGGUCCAUUUCAUGUACGAACAAGAAUUUGCAGUUGUUUCAGCAAUAGUUUGUUGACUUCUGCUCAGCUGUCAGAACAGAUGCUGGUUGGUCACAUGCUUAUGUUGUUUUGAGGGAUA